CUCUCUCACUUACUCACAUGCUUUCUCUCUCCUCUAAUAAUUCCCUAUAUAAACCCCCUACCCACCUCAUUCCAACAACAACAACAUCAACACAACACAUUUCUCUCAUCAUAAUUCAUACAAACUACACUUAACUCUAUUUUCUCUAGCAAAACAUACACACCAAAAAAAAAACACAAAAUGGAUCAAAUGUUCAAUUUAACAUCAUCAGGCAAUGAAGAAGAUCUUUUAUCCCGUCGAUCAGUAUGGGUUAACGGCCCGGUGAUUGUCGGCGCAGGCCCAUCGGGCCUCGCCGUAGGGGCAUGUCUUAGGGAACAAGGGGUACCCUUUGUAGUCCUAGAAAGAGCUGAUUGCAUUGCCUCCCUUUGGCAAAAACGCACUUACGAUAGACUUAAACUCCACCUUCCUAAACAAUUCUGUCAAUUACCUAAAAUGCCUUUCCCUGAGUCUUUCCCUGAGUACCCUACCAAAAAACAGUUUAUUAACUACCUUGAGUCCUACGCUAAACAUUUUGAGAUCAACCCACAUUUUAACGAGUGUGUUCAAUCCGCCAAGUACGACCCUACUUUCGGGCUUUGGCGGGUUAAGACCUCGGGCCAAGCCGAGGUCGAGUACGUCUGCCGAUGGCUCGUAGUGGCCACCGGAGAAAACGCCGAGUGUGUUAUGCCCGACAUUGACGGGCUAGCACACUUCGGCGGGAAGGUGAUCCACUCUAGUGAGUACAAGUCUGGUGAGGAAUACGUAGGCAAGAAAGUCCUAGUAGUUGGGUGUGGAAACUCUGGUAUGGAGGUCUCACUCGAUCUCUCGAACCACAAUGCGGAACCAAUUAUGGUCUGUCGUAGCUCGGUUCAUAUUCUUCCUAGGGAAAUCAUGGGAAGAUCGACGUUCGAGCUGGCAAUGAUACUAAUGAAGUGGCUCCCUCUUUGGUUAGUAGACAAGAUAAUGCUGUUUUUCGCCUGGUUUAUGCUUGGUGACAUGCGAAAGUACGGACUAAAAAGACCGAAAGCUGGGCCACUUGAGCUAAAGAACAAGGAAGGAAAGACUCCUGUUUUGGACAUUGGUGCUUUGUCUAGAAUUCGAUCAGGAGAUAUCAAAGUUGUAUCUGGAAUCAAAUGCUUGAAUUUUAAUGGCGUCGAGCUUAUCGAUGGCGAAAAAAUGGAGGUUGAUUCAGUGAUUUUAGCUACUGGUUACCGCAGCAAUGUGCCUUCUUGGCUUCAGGAAGGAGAAUUCUUUAACAAAAAUGGAUUUCCAAAAACUCCAUUUCCAUGUGGAUGGAAGGGAAAAAGUGGACUGUAUGCAGUUGGGUUUACAAGGAGAGGGCUUGCUGGUGCUUCUUUUGAUGCCAUGAAAAUUGCACAAGAUAUUGGUCAAGUUUGGAAAGAGGAAACUAAACAAAAAAAACUCACUAAACCUCGUCAUAGAAGGUGUAUCUCAACUUUCUGAUCACCUCAACCAAAAAAAAAAAAAACAAUGACAACAUUUUUGGAUUGUUUGGGAGUGUUAAUAAUAUGGUAUACUUGAUAGAAGAAUGUAAAUAUGGUAAAAAAAAAAAAAUGAAAAGACAAAAUAGAGGUAGUGAGAAUUGCAACAAAGAUGAGGAGCCCUCUCCAGAAGCCAGAAGCUCAAAGUUUUGAAACCUUACUAUAUUUGGGCAUUUUGUGUACUUUAAGGAUGAUGAGGCUUUGUUGAUUUUUUUAAUUUUUAAUUUUUAUUUCUAUUUCUAUUUCUAUUUUGGGAUUUUGCUUCUUUCAUUCUUUUCUUCUUUCUUGGUAUGUAAUACCUUCUUGUACAAUUACUUAGUUGUUAUAGUGAAAUGAAAAUUUUUGUUCAUUCA